CCUCUCCCCCAGGCAGCGGUGGUGGCGCAGGAGGAUGUUCGGGGUCGCCGGGCGGCACGCCAGGCGUCGCACCAGCUCGGCGUCCUUGUUGUCGUCGUCGUCGUCGCUGCUGGCCGCCUCCCGCUCCCCCUCCCGCCUGGCCUCCCCCGCCGCCCGCAGGAACACCAGCGCCUCCCUCACCUCCCUCUCCCGCGCCCCAGCAGCAGCGGGGGGCGCCACUCCCUCCCCGGCCCGCUCCCCCGCACCCCCAGGGUCCGGUCGUGCCUCCGCCAGAUCCACGUCACGGUCACCAGGGCGUGCGUCACUAGGCUCACUCGAAGGUACUAUCGCCCGGCGGCACUCCUCGCUCACCUCCGAGGGCCAUGGCGUGCUGGUGGAGGAGGAGGAGGAGGAGGAGGAGGAGGAAGGCGGCGAGGAUGGCGGGCGGGCGAGAAAGACUAAGGCCAAAAAGAUCAGUGAAGGCGACGAGGGCGAGAAGACUGACGAGGAACAGGGCAGUCACGUGGCCGAGGAGGAGGAGGAGGAGGAAGAGGAAGAGGAAGAAGAGGAGGAAGAGGACGAGGAAGAAGGAGGAGGAGGAGGCAGUCCUGGGAGUGGUGGGGAAGGACGUCGGGGAAGUAGUCGGUCUGAAACGGGGGUGGUCGGCGCCGGAGGAGGUUUAGUCGGGGUGGGGUCGGCGACGGCGGUGAAGAAGCAGGUCCGUCUGAGCCUCCCCAACGGCCCCUACUCCAUGCGCCGCCCCGCCCUGGCCUCCCCGUCGCCCCUCACCGGCUCCGGGUACUUCCGCCGCCGCACCGCCGUCACGCUUAGCGACUACAAGACAUGCGCGCUCGUCCAGUCCAACAUGAAGCUCGGACUCGGCGACCUAAUGUUGGCAGCGGCGGCGGAGGCGCGCGCGUCGGCUGGCGUCUCGGGUGAGGGCGUGGGCCGUCUCGGGCGGCCGCCCUCAUACGGCGCCAUGGGCGGAAAGAAGGGGCCGCCCCCACAGCCGGGGGUCAAGGGGCCCACCUCACUCUUCAUCCUCUCCGACGACAACUUCCUCAGGAAGUACACCAGGUUCAUCAUAGAAUGGCCUCCCUUCGAGUACGCGGUCCUCCUCACCAUCAUCGCCAACUGCAUCGUGUUGGCGCUGGAGGAGCACCUUCCGGAGGACGACAAGACGCAGCUGGCGCAGAACCUGGAGAAGACCGAACCCUACUUUCUCUUCAUCUUCUGCGUCGAGGCGUCCCUGAAGAUACUCGCUCUUGGCUUCGUUCUUCACCCUCGCUCCUAUCUCAGAAACAUUUGGAACAUCAUGGAUUUCGUUGUAGUGGUGACGGGCGGUAUGACAAUAAUAGCAGCGGACAGUUUUGGCCAAACUGUGGAUCUGAGGAUGCUCCGCUCGUUCCGCGUCCUCAGGCCCCUGAAGUUGGUCUCUCGGCUGCCAAGCCUGCAGGUGGUUCUCAAGUCCAUCAUAAAGGCGAUGGCGCCCCUCCUUCAAAUUGGGCUGCUCGUCCUCUUCGCUAUCGUUAUCUUUGCCAUCAUCGGCCUUGAAUUCUACUCUGGUGCUCUCCAUAAAACAUGCUACAGUUUAGCCGACCUAGAUCAAAUAGUGACGGAGGGAGAGAUGGCCACACCCUGUUAUACGUCGGAUAAUAAGUCCGAGGCCCCCUCCGGUGCCUACGUCUGUGAUGCGGAGAUCUCCACCUGCCUGGAGCUGUGGGUCGGGCCCAACUAUGGUAUCACGUCCUUUGAUAAUAUUGGGUUUGCUAUGUUGACUGUGUUUCAGUGCAUCACGCAGGAGGGCUGGACAGCCAUUCUCUACUGGACAAACGAUGCCAUGGGUGCAAAAUUCAACUUCCUCUACUUUGUGCCCCUCAUCGUGUUGGGGUCUUUUUUCAUGCUCAACUUAGUUCUUGGUGUGUUGUCUGGUGAAUUUGCUAAGGAGAGAGAGCGAGUAGAAAAUAGACAAGAAUUUUUAAAACUUAGAAGACAGCAGCAGUUAGAGAGAGAGUUGAAUGGGUAUGUGGAGUGGAUAUGUAAAGCAGAGGAGGUGAUCCUUGCCGAAGAACGAACGACAGACGAGGAGAAAGCUCACAUAAUGGAGGGUGAGAGAACGCGGAGAAGGGCCGCGGCGAAGAGAAAAAAGCUGAAACAUUUGGGGAAGAGCAAAAGCACUGACACAGAAGACGAGGACAACGAGGCAGAUGAUGAUGAUGCCCCCCUUUCUCUCGCAGUUCACGCCAAAAAGAAAGGUGUCUCAAGAGGAGCCACAUACCUGAAGAACAAGGUUAAAAAGCAAGGUGCCUGUGCAAAUUUUUGGAAAGCAGAAAAAACAUUGAGGUUUGGUAUCCGUCGGACGGUGAAGCAGCAAUGGUUCUACUGGUUUGUCAUCAUCCUUGUGUUCCUCAAUACCGUGUGUGUUGCUGCGGAACACUACAACCAGCCGGAGUGGCUCACCAAGUUUUUGUACUAUGCAGAAUUUAUAUUUUUAUGUCUGUUCAUAUCUGAAAUGCUUAUAAAGAUGUACGCCCUCGGCCCAAGAAUAUACUUCGAGUCCUCCUUCAACCGUUUCGACUGUGUUGUCAUCAGUGGCUCAAUAUUUGAAGUCAUCUGGUCGGCCUUCAAGUCUGGGUCUUUUGGUCUCUCAGUGUUGCGAGCUUUGCGAUUGCUGAGAAUAUUUAAAGUUACUAAGUACUGGUCAUCACUGCGUAACCUGGUGAUCUCCCUGUUGAGCUCGAUGCGCUCCAUCAUCUCUCUCCUGUUCCUGCUCUUCCUGUUCAUCCUCAUCUUCGCACUCCUGGGGAUGCAACUGUUCGGUGGCUCCUUCAACUUCCCGGAAGAAACACCACUUGCCAACUUCAACACUUUCUCUAUAGCAUUGCUAACUGUAUUUCAGAUCCUAACUGGUGAGGAUUGGAAUGAAGUAAUGUACCAAGGUAUUGCCUCCCAGGGUGGCACAAAGUCUGGCAUGAUCUACAGUCUGUACUUCAUUAUUCUGGUGAUCUUCGGUAACUACACACUCCUCAAUGUGUUCUUGGCCAUCGCUGUCGACAACUUGGCCAACGCACAGGAGCUGACGGCUGCCGAGGAGGAGCAAGAGGAAGAGGACAAGGAGUUGAACAACCUCCAAGAUCCUGAAAGUGUCGUUUCUCUACAGAAGCAGCAAGCCGAGCUUGAAAAAGAAUUAACUGCACUACACAACAAUGCAGACGGUCCUCCUACGGUAGAAAUUUGCCCCCCAUCCCCCGGGGGGGGCGGCAAAUCCAAUAAGCAAAAUGUCAAGGACGACAAGGACCUGGAGAACCAAGAGGAUGACAUGGGGGGCCCCAAACCAAUGCUGCCGUACUCAUCCAUGUUCAUCCUUUCACCUACAAACCCGAUCCGGCGGGCAGCGCAUUGGGUGGUGAACCUGCGCUACUUUGACUUCUUCAUCAUGAUCGUCAUCAGCUUAUCUAGCGUUGCCUUGGCAUCCGAGGACCCUGUGGUGGAGGACUCGGAGUGGAACGAGGUCCUCAACUAUUUUGAUUACGCCUUCACCGGAGUUUUUGCCAUAGAAAUGAUCCUGAAAGUGAUAGACUUAGGGGUGAUAUUUCAUCCUGGAUCAUACCUCAGGGAUUUUUGGAACGUACUGGACUCCGUGGUGGUCAUAUGUGCAGCUGUUUCAUUUUGUUUUGAUAUGAUACCCUCCCUGCAACUGAAGGGCAGCACUACAGGCCAGAAUCUCAGCACCAUCAAGUCUCUCAGAGUGCUUCGGGUGCUCCGCCCUCUGAAGACCAUCAAGAGAGUGCCCAAGCUGAAGUCUGUGUUCGACUGUGUUGUGAACUCCCUCAAGAAUGUGUUCAAUAUCCUCAUAGUGUACAUACUGUUUCAAUUCAUCUUCGCUGUUAUAGCUGUACAACUUUUUAAUGGAAAGUUUUUCUACUGCACUGAUGAGAGUGUGCAUGUAAAGGAUGAAUGUCAGGGUGAGUUUUUUGUGUUCAGUGCGUAUGAGAGACCGCCAGACGUGCGGCCGAGGGAGUGGAAGCAGCAGAGCUUUCAUUACGACAACGUGAUGGCUGCCAUGUUGACACUCUUCGCUGUCCAGACGGGCGAGGGCUGGCCACAAGUGCUCCAGAAUUCCAUGGCUGCCACCUUUGAGGACCACGGGCCGAAGCCGCAGGUCGCAGUCGAAAUGUCCAUAUUCUACAUCGUCUACUUCAUUGUUUUCCCGUUCUUCUUCGUCAAUAUCUUCGUUGCUUUGAUCAUCAUCACGUUCCAGGAGCAGGGAGAGGCCGAGCUGCAGGACGGAGAGCUUGACAAAAACCAGAAAUCCUGCAUUGACUUUGCCAUUCAGGCCAAGCCGCUGGAGCGCUACAUGCCCAAAGACCGGGUGAGCUUCAAGUACAAGAUCUGGCGGAUGGUCGUCUCAACACCAUUUGAAUAUUUCAUCAUGUUACUCAUUGUGCUCAAUACUCUUCUUCUUAUGAUGAAGUUUCAUAAUCAGUCCCAGUUGUACAGAGAAACUCUCCACUACAUGAACACAAUCUUCACUUCGUUCUUUACCAUUGAAUGUUUACUGAAGAUCAUGGCGUUCGGAGUCAGGAAUUUUUUCAAGGAUCCCUGGAACAUUUUUGACUUCAUCACCGUGAUUGGCUCCAUCAUCGACGCCCUGGUGGUGGAGUUUGGGAAAAUAUAUGGAAAUGGGACAGAAAACUUCAUCAACGUCGGGUUUCUGCGUUUGUUUCGUGCUGCUCGGCUCAUCAAACUGCUUCGUCAGGGUUAUACAAUUAGAAUAUUAUUGUGGACAUUCGUACAAUCGUUCAAGGCAUUGCCGUAUGUCUGCCUGCUCAUAGCAAUGCUGUUCUUCAUCUAUGCUAUCAUCGGCAUGCAGGUCUUUGGUAAUAUAAAAUUGGAACCUACUGCAUCUAUAACACGCCACAACAACUUUAGAAAUUUUGCUGAGGGCAUAAUGCUCUUAUUCAGGUGUGCCACGGGGGAGGCGUGGCAGAGCAUCAUGUUGUCCUGCAUCAAGGGCCGCCCCUGUGACCCCAACGCCCUCAAGAAUGAUGCCGACAAAACAUGUGGCUCCAACGUGGCGUACAUAUACUUUGUCACCUUCAUCUUCCUCUGCUCCUUUCUGAUGUUGAAUCUUUUCGUUGCUGUCAUCAUGGACAACUUUGAUUACUUGACCAGAGACUCGUCCAUCCUAGGAGCCCAUCACCUGGAUGAAUUCAUCCGGAUAUGGGCCGAGUAUGAUCCAAAUGCCACAGGGAGAAUCCACUAUUCAGAAAUGUACGACAUGCUGAGGAACAUGGACCCGCCAUUGGGCUUUGGAAACAAGUGUCCCUACAGACUGGCAUACAAGAAACUUAUACGAAUGAACAUGCCGCUAAAUGACGAAGGAAAGGUCCAUUUCACCACAACCUUAUUUGCCCUGAUCCGAGAAAACUUGUGCAUAAAAAUGAGACCUGCCGAGGAGAUGGACCAAGCCGACAGUGAGCUGCGGCACACCAUUAAGAAGAUUUGGCCCAUCCAGGCGAAGAAGAACCUAAACUUGAUUGUGCCUCCUGAUGACGAACUUAAAUAUGAGAAGCUGACGGUGGGAAAGAUAUACGGUGGUCUUCUCAUCCUAGAAAAUUGGAAAACAACUCGCUUUGGCCAGAUCCAGCCGUCAGGAGGCUUGGAUGAAAUUGAGGAUGCUUUUGAAAAUGUAGUGAAUGAGGAUGAGGAGGAGGAUGAGGAGGAAAAGUUUGAGUCUACCGAGGACAUUUUGUGCGGGGAGGGAGAACAGCUCCUCACUAACAUGGAAAAGUCCGAGAAUGUAGUCUUCGAGGACACGGAUGAUAUUGAGGACACAGAGCAAACCGAGGAACAGGAGGAGGAUUCUGAAUCAAAGCCCAGUUUGUUUGAGCGGCUGAUGGGCAUAGCAGCACCAGCAGCUCCCCCCAAGAGUGUCAACGCCUCAAGGACAAGUCUCUCUCGCUCCAUCGACGAGCAGCAGGACUCCCAGGGACGGCAGAGCCGGCAGGACAGCCUCACCCAUUCCAACGUAAGCAUAGAUAAUGUACUUGGUAGUGACAAAGGGUCGAAAAAAACCCUGGCGUUGUUGUUGGGAGGCAGUAGUUCCCAGCGUGGCUCUGACCACGACGUGUCGAGUGUGGCCGGCUGGCAGGUUUGGUGCUAGCCAUCCUCGCGUUGCAUGGUGUCAACAUGUUCACUGCCGCAUGGCUAGGCUCACCACCCUCACUUCUAGCUUGGCUCAAACACACUUGGAAACAUGGUUUUUACUAGGGGAAAGGCAUUUCUUGCUAUGAAAAGGGGAGGUAUUAAACAGUUCUAGAAGUAAACUAUAAAACUUCUGUAUAGUAUUUCAAUAAAUUUAAUAUUUAAAGUUAACAGCUCCUUAACUCUUGCUACAACAUAAAGAUGUUUGUGCUCACAGAGCUUCAAGCCCUGAGCAAACACUCUUGGCUGACAGUUUUUAGCUGGUGUGUAAUGUAUCAUCAACUGAUCAACACAUUGAAAAGAAAUAUAAUUUUGGGAAACUAAGUUUAAUUGCAUAUUAAUUUUCAAAUCGAGGAAAGUUCUCUAAUCAGCCUUCAUUCAUUGUUAAUGGGCGUGCAGUGUUCCAGGUGUGGGGGAGAGUUUGUGUUGGGUGGUCAGCACUUACUGCUGGAGUAGGAGUGUUGUGGGCUGCGCCGCCGAGGCAGCUCAUGGGGGACAGACUUUACAGGAAAAUCAACAUCAGGAUUUAAGUUUUUUUCUUUAGCUCACUUGCUAGUUAAAUUUCAACUUUGGCCAUUUUAUAAAAGAAAUCCUAAAUAAACAUGAAUAUUAAAAAUAUUUACAUCAUCAUGCCUUCAUACAGAUUUUUGAAACACUGAUACAAUCAAAGCUGAAUAUUCUUGUGGCAAAUGGUUAAAAUGACUCCUUUGUUUAUCAGCUAAAAGUCUGCAUCAAACAUUUCCUCUAAAAUUGAGCAAAUUCAUGUUUACCAUUGACCAAAGUGACUGUACAAAGCAAACUCACAGUGUCUCCAUCCAUGUCUCUGUCUGUCCCCGUGAGUGCCUGGCCUGGGCGGUGCCACCUACCAUUGUCUCUUGGACAUUAACUGUUUGUUCAACUUGCCAAAACUUCCUGGUGUUUUUUCAAGCUGAGAAUUCUCCUCUGCUGUCUUUUUUUUAGUGUAUAUUUGUGGCAUCACCAACGAGCUUGUGAUAGUUUGAUAGAAUGACUCAGGUCUGUUUUACAACCCUUGCGUAGACUUGGCGAGAGUGCUGAUCAAAAGCUCUGGACUUGGUACUUGACGUCACAAAUGAUCUCCUAAACGCUUGUUAUCCUGUUAGUGCUAGAGUGACAAACUUAGUCCUGGAAUAUUUUCUUAGACACGAGGUGGUUUGUAAUGACGCUUUAGCCGAGAAUUAGGUUGUUUAGCCGAGGACAACAAAUUUUACCUGUAGAAUAGACUACAUUUUGAGAGUUGAAAGGAUCAAGCGUAGGGUAAAUUAGAUUUCUAGUGAUCCCUUGAAUUUUGUUGGUGUCAGAGUUACUGUAGACUUAGCCUUUGCGUGGUAUGCCUCAUAGUGAAGACGUUUUUGAAGUACAUGAAGGUUACAGUACAGUGAUGGAUGCUGUCUUCCCCUUUCUGAUCUAGAAUAGAUUUGUUAGAAACUACCAUUAUGUAACAGUGGCUUAACAUUUUAUACAUAGAACAAUAGCGUUGUAGUACCAGUGAUGCAGUCAGAGUGUUUAUUCUGCUGUUUCCAUAGCCUCUGAAUGUUUUCCUGUGGCAGGCGGUAAUCGAGGGGUUUCUGUCAGGAGGUUGAAGUGUCAGUGACUGGCCUGGUCAGCAGGAGUACAAAGUGUCUUGCCAGCAGCCCCUCGCUUGCCUGGCUCUGCUGCACUGCUGUUUUACACUUCUGAUGUAGUGUGAGAUCGUUUCUAUGAACUGACAAUGUGACUUUGUAAUGGGUCUGUAUUAAAUUAGUACUAGUAAUGUUUUCAAAUAGAUGGUCUUUUUCAAGUACAAGUAUAUAAUCUGUUUUCAUAUUUUUUCGUGUUGAUGUUUUUGUUGUUAGAUAGAACAUCAUUUUUACCUUUUGUUUUUUGAGUGUAAGUCUAUCUGUGGUCACCAGUAAUGAAGGAGAUUGCCCUCCCUUGCUCACACGUUCAGUGGCACAAGGUUAACAUGCCAUCCCACAGCCGUGAGUGUUCCGUGUGCCUCUCAUCAGCCCUCUUACUCAUUGACAUACUUUUCAGUUGUCUAUCAUAAGCACAGUAUUUCUUAGAACCUCACUUAACUGUGUGUGUGUGUGUGUGUGUGUCUGUGUGUGUGUGUGUGUGUGUGUGUGUGUGAAAUGCCAAGUAGCUGAAGGAAUAAGGACUUCAUAAUUUUUUAUAAUCCAUUUUAACUGUAAAGGGGAUAUUUCUGACCACCCUCAGGUACAUAAUUAGACAUCACAUGUAUAUGCUCCACAGUCUUUCUUUCUAUCUAGGUUCAGACACGCCGGCAACACUCGUCUUGGCUUGCCACGGCUAUGACCUCUCACGUCCACCACACCAUUGUAAUUUCUCAUCAACUUACUCACUCACUCCCACCACUGUUGCCAGAUUAUCGUACUCAGAGCUUAGUAUUUACCGGUUUCCGACGCAUAAUUAUUGCCUAAAUACAUCAGAAAUUAACUAUCUUAACGAUAACUAUUAGUGAAUCUCGUUAUUUGGGGUCAGAAGUUGGUAAAUAUAAAACACUGAGUAUGACAGUCUGGCAACAUUGACUCUCGCUCUAUCAUUGCUGCCUCCCCAGAGUCAGGAGGCAGAUUUUCUAGCCAACAGCCACACACAUAUCCUACACAUCACUGACCUCCGCGGUAUAGAGGUCGGCAGACUUGGCCAUGAACGCACAGGACCAGAAUCAAAUCCCAGCCUGGGCCUUCCAGCUUAUUAAGUCUUAGCCUUUCAGCAACACAGAAACUUCAUCAGCAUCCUUCCAGAAUCAUUGAGCUGUGGAGCUAAUCAAGUGUUUCUUUAAGUUGAGCACAGGACACAUUCUCAGUCGCACUUGAAGUUGAGCACAGGACACAUUCUCAGUCAUGCUUGAAGUUGAGCACAGGACACAUUUUCAGUUGCACUUGAAGUUGAGCACAGGACACAUUCUCAGUCAUACUUGAAGUUGAGCACAGGACACAUUUUCAGUUGCACUUGAAGUUGAGCACAGGACACAUUCUCAGUCAUACUUGAAGCUGAGCACAGGACACAUUCUCAGUCAUACUUGAAGCUGAGCACAGGACACAUUCUCAGUCAUACUUGAAGCUGAGCACAGGACACAUUCUCAGUCGCACUUGAAGUUGAGCACAGGACACAUUCUCAGUCAUACUUGAAGUUGAGCACAGGACACAUUCUCAGUUGCACUUGAAGUUGAGCACAGGACGCAUUCUCAGUCAUACUUGAAGUUGAGCACAGGACACAUUCUCAGUUGCACUUGAAGUUGAGCACAGGACACAUUCUCAGUUGCACUUGAAGUUGAGCACAGGACACAUUCUCAGUCAUACUUGAAGUUGAGCACAGGACACAUUCUCAGUCAUACUUGAAGUUGAGCACAGGACACAUUCUCAGUUGCACUUGAAGUUGAGCACAGGACACAUUCUCAGUCAUACUUGAAGCUGAGCACAGGACACAUUCUCAGUCAUACUUGAAGUUGAGCACAGGACACAUUCUCAGUUGCACUUGAAGUUGAGCACAGGACACAUUCUCAGUCAUACUUGAAGCUGAGCACAGGACACAUUCUCAGUCGCACUUGAAGUUGAGCACAGGACACAUUCUCAGUCGCACUUGAAGUUGAGCACAGGACACAUUCUCAGUCAUACUUGAAGUUGAGCACAGGACACAUUCUCAGUCGCACUUGAAGUUGAGCACAGGACACGCUCUCAGUCAUACUUGAAGUUGAGCACAGGACACAUUCUCAGUCAUACUUGAAGUUGAGCACAGGACACAUUCUCAGUCGCACUUGAAGUUGAGCACAGGACACGCUCUCAGUCAUACUUGAAGUUGAGCACAGGACACAUUCUCAGUCAUACUUGAAGCUGAGCACAGGACACAUUCUCAGUCGUACACCGUUUGCGAACUCAUCACUCAUUUAGCUGUAGUGUCGCCUUGAGGUUGACAGGAGUUUCAUCUCAGUUCUGUUCCUGUCAACGAUUUUUUUUUUAUACCUUGCCGAUCACUGACACAAAACUAGUCAUUUCAUUGUGAUUAUUUAGUUGGAUUUUUAUGUUUGUUCAGUCCUGAGUGUCACUGAGAAGAGAAAUUCAUGCCAAAGAAUGGGAUCAGAUACUAUGCCGUUUGAUAUAGACCCAGGCUGAGUGUUAGUCGGUGUCAGAGUGAGGUCAUCCAUGUACCUGUACCUCCUGUGACCCGGGCCUGUCCUCUGUACCCAGUAACCUGAUGUUUAUAUGUGUUGACCAUAUGUGCCUCUCUUUCAGAUGCAUUGCCCUCCCCCACUCAUCCCCUCUUAUCAAUGUGUGUGUUUUUCAUUUCAUACGACACGGUGUAAUCUUAUCACUCCUACCAUGGAUCUUGCUUUGGUUGGUUUUCGUUCUAAUCCAUUGAUUUGUUUUCCUUUUCUAUUGAUUCCCAUAUUUAUUUUUGUGCCCAUGUUGUCCUGUUUUGUCUAACCGCUCUCCUGAGCCCAAACGCUCACACCAGACCGCCAAGCUAGAUUUUCCACACCAACACUUUGUGCCAGUGUCCCAGAAACCAUGAGUGUGUUUUGUGGCCUUUUUCUCAGUGCCUGAUGGUGACUUGUCCAGUUAUCUUUACCUCUUGAAGUUCUUUCUUCAUGAUGAUGUUCUAGUUUGCAUAAGUUACACUAGGCAAGAAAGUGACUUUACCUAACUUUAGGUUCACACUUGGUAUUGCAGAAAAUAGAAUCAGCAAGGUAAUAUUUAGCAUGAACAAAAUCAUCCAUUGAUAUGAGGCAUAUGCAGUUCAUCAAACACAUCAUUUUUUCAAAGCUACUUCAACCAUUUAUACACUAACAAAAGUAGCACACUCAAUUACUAGCUUUUUCCCCACAGCAUAUGUACAUGACAGUUCUUGCUUCUGAGCAGGUAGUGCGAAUUCUUUGUCAACGAAGCCCUGAUGGGCUUUGUUCUCUUGGAAUUCUAAGAUUAGUAGAUUGCUAAUGCUUCACUCCUGCACCAGAGACAUAGUCUCGGUCACACUGUUGCUUCCCAUCAUACUCAUGUACAGUUAUCUGAUAGCCACGUAGCCGUAAGUGCUCUAGGUCCUUCGUGUGUGCCCGUCUUCAUGCCUCAAAGCUUUCCUAUACUUCGGUCCAGUUCUGCAUUUAUUCUCUUGGACAGUUGGCUUUCAUCUUACCAGAUGUAAAAAUUCUAGUCUUUGAUGUGGACCACACAUCCUAAGCAGGCACAUCAUGACUGAUUAGAUAUACAUCCAUAUAUUCCUUACUAAUCCAGUUGGGAAUGCACAAGAAAUUGCUGGUUCCCGGUAGAAUAAGUAGUAAUUUCAAGCCAAGCAUAAGCACAUCCUGGCAGUGUCCCCGGCCAUCCCAGCAGCAGGAUGGCUCAGGGCACUGAGGGCACGCAGUGUUAAUCCUUCCUCGUCC